UUUCCUAACAUACCAAUCACAACUCCGUUGACCUUGAACUCUGCGGAGAUAAUUUGCUCCUCUGACCACUGGGGAUCGUGAUUAGCAUCGUCUUUGAAAAAAGUCUCGUGCUUGGGGGGGCUAAAGCGAUAACCUUCCUUGACUCCUGGAUUACGUUUUAAGAAGGAACCUGUAGCCAAGCGACGCGUUACCCAUUCUAUGGGAAUCAUGUCGCAUUUUUUUGACAGAAAGGCAUUGUCAGACACUGUUUUUAUAAAUGAUGAUUUUAUGCCUAAAAUAUUGAAAAAAAAAUUAAUUAUGCAUAUAUGUUGAAAACGUCACAUCUAUCAAUGUAAUGUUACUUUUUUGAGACAGAAAUAUAUUAUGUAAAAUCACUUUUUGGAAUGUCUAGGGUUUUCCAUUAGAGACUGUAAUUAUUCAAAUUUUCGUUGAAAAUGAAAAUUGAAGGUUUGGCAACUAAUUUUUAAAAAGAAUAUCAAAUAAAUGGCUACCUCUUGCUGCCUUAAAGAUAGCCUCAAAAUUUUGCAUCGCGUUUUCACAUAAUUGUGGUUUUAUCUCACUAAUAAAUCGAAUUAUUUCUGGUUUUGAAUCAGGAAUUGUUUAUUGAUUGUUUCGGUAGACCUGGCUUUUCAUGUAGACCCAAAUAAAUAAGUCUAACGGUGUCAAAUCACAUGAUCUUGGUGGCUAACUAUCAUCUACGUUUCUGGAGAAUACACAUUCAGGAAAUUUUUUCUCAACAAAACCACUAUGGCAGUGGAUAUGUGGCAUGUUGCUGAAACUGCAUGUCCUCCAUUGGCAACUAUUGUAGAUUCCAAAUGUCAAUAUAUUUUGACAUUUUGAAUGUCGAAUUUAUAACCUCACAAAAAUUACGUCAUUAAUGAAUAACCCUAUACAUUUCAAUUUAUACAACAUUUGAUUUAUGUUAAUUUGCAUGUAUUAUUUUUUAUUUUCAUUGUUUUGAUUUUUCUUCAUCAUUAUGGGCAGGCACAGGGUUAUUCAUUAUAAAUUACCCACCCUUUAUCUUGGUUAAUAUCGGAUAUUCAAAAAAUAGACCACACAGUACUAUAAUUAUAUCUUUCAGAUAAAAAGUUGUCAAAUGUUAUAAUUAUAUUUUUGAAAUCAUUAAAAAAACAAUUUACAUUAGCUGGUAUUAAAUAUAAUGGAGGUUGAUAAUUCCCUUUAAAGAAUAUUAAUUUAAAUAUCUCCUAUAUUGAGGCUAUAAAAUUUAAAAAGAGUUUAUUUUUAAUGAAAUUAUUUCAUCUUUGUACUUACCAACACUGUUUAAAAUUUCGAAUACUUUUGCGUUCGUUUUAUUGGAAAUAAUGGAUUUUCCAACCAAAUCAUGGGCUUUUACUCCAUCUCCAGCUGUUAUUCUAUCCUUGUUUACUAAGAUGCAAUUCCCCGGGCUAGAUGGAAUAUCGUACACUUGCUUAGUUUUUCCUUCAAUUAUUAGACUGCCCAAUUUGUCUUCUUUCACCAGUUUCACCGUUGCCAUUUUAUUAAUAUUCGAAAGAACAAGGAAUAAAAAAGUUUUAAAAAUUACUAAUUCGUAUUAACUCGCAAUUUACUACCAAAAACUAAACCUUAUUUAAAAUCUAUACCGCUACAAACUCUUUUUAUUGCUACAUAAAAUCGCGUGCGCAUGCGGUAUUUUUAUUUUCUCGAUAAUUGGAAUUUCGUAACUACUUAUUUGUUCUUAACGUAACAAAUAGUAUUUCCAAAAACGUUUCAAUUACUUUGUUACUAUGUUACUUGUUGCCCAACACGAAAGACCAAACAACAUCAACAGAUUACUGAUAAACUUUAUUCAACAAGUAGUUGCGCGUUGCGCUUACUGUGACGUUACACGGAUGAAUUUGGUAGUGGGAGCGAAGAUUCAAAACACGUGCAAAUAUAAAACGCGAAGAAGCCGCUUUUUAUUAAAUUUUCGAUCUAGAGAGAACUUUAAAAAUAAAAUUAAUAGAUAGUUGCUUUAGUUAAACAUAGCGAUGGCAGAAAAAAUCAAAUUUUGUGGAUACGAACACAACAAUGAAGCAGAAGAUUUGGCAUGUGCAUUGGAAAGUGUUGGAGUUAGUAAAAGAAAAGGUCGCGGGGCUGUCACUUCCGGUUUAACGCACGAGUGUGGUGUUUUCGGAGCGAUAGGAUGUGGAGAAUGGCCGACAAAUCUAGAAAUUGCACAAAUUGUUUGCUGGGGAUUGGUGGCGUUACAACACAGGGGACAAGAAUCUGCGGGAAUAGUCACCAGCGAGGGUAGGUGCUCAAAAUUUUUCAACGUAGUAAAGGGAAUGGGGAUGAUUAGUAAUAUAUUUAACGACGAAGCAAUCAAAAGACUGAAAGGAAGCAUCGGGAUAGGACAUACCAGAUAUUCAACUAGCGCGGCCUCAGAAGAAGUCAAUUGCCAACCAUUUGUAGUGCACACUGCCCAUGGAGCGCUUGCCGUUGCUCACAAUGGAGAAUUAGUCAACUGUGAUAGUCUUAGAAGACAGGUAUUAGAACACGGUGUAGGUCUUUCAACCCAUUCUGAUAGCGAAUUGAUAACGCAAGCCCUUUGCCUCAAUCCUCCUGAAGGAGAACCCGAUGGUGAACCAGACUGGCCAGCCAGAAUCAAACACUUCAUGGCUUUAGCACCAUUGAGCUACUCUUUAGUUAUUAUGACUAAAAACAGAAUAUACGCAGUCAGAGAUCCAUAUGGAAACAGACCUCUGUGCCUGGGAAAGAUUUUGCCAGUCAACGAACCACUCGAUGGAGAAUGUGAUGAAAGCAGGGAAGCAGAAGGCUGGGUAGUAUCAUCAGAAUCUUGCGGUUUCUUAUCCAUUGGCGCUCAAUAUGUCCGCGAGGUAUUCCCCGGUGAAAUAAUCGAAAUGACACGACACGGCAUCCGAACAAUAGAUAUUGUUGCUAGACCCGAAGAUAAACUGCAACAAGCCUUCUGCAUCUUUGAGUACGUUUACUUUGCCAGAGCGGAUAGUAUAUUUGAAGGGCAGAUGGUGUACAAUGUAAGAAUGCAGUGUGGAAGACAAUUGGCUAUUGAACACCCUGUAGAAGCAGAUAUUGUAAGCGCGGUGCCUGAAUCUGGUAAUGCUGCUGCGCAUGGAUUUUCAAGACAGAGUGGUAUUAGAUUUGCUGAAGUUUUAUGUAAGAACAGAUAUGUAGGACGUUCAUUUAUUCAGCCUAGUAAUCGCUUGAGGCAACUUAGCAUUGCUAAAAAAUUUGGUGCUUUGGCAGGCAACGUUAAAGGCAAAAAAGUAAUUCUCAUAGACGACUCGAUCGUACGUGGAAACACAAUCGGGCCUAUAAUUAAACUGUUGAAAAAUGCAGGAGCAAAAGAAGUGCACGUCAGGGUGGCCAGUCCGCCACUAAAAUUCCCGUGCUACAUGGGAAUCAACAUUCCAACCAGAGAAGAACUUGUUGCGAACAAAAUGACUUCUUACGAGCUAGCUAGACAAGUUGGUGCUGAUAGCUUGGAAUACUUGUCUCUGGAAGGUUUAAUCAAAGCUGUAAGAUCAGACAUUAAAACGAAAAAUGCUCAUACAAAAGUGGGUCACUGCACUGCCUGUCUAUCAGGAAUAUAUCCAGGUGGCGUACCAAAUACAAAUUCUGACUAUGACUGGUAGUUAUUAGAUUAAGACACGAACUGAUUAAUUAGUUUUGUAAUUUUUAUAAAUCUAAUUAUCAUUUUUACAAUUACUAAGAAUUAUUUAAUUAAAUAAGGACGGCUCCAAUGGGUGCCAUAGGCGCAAUGGCCCUCCGAGAUUAAAUUUUUUAUUUUAUAAUCCAUGAGCCUUUUAUGCUAAAAAAGGGAAUUAUUAUUGGCAAUGCCCUCCUCCCUCCCCCUUCACCGAAAAUUCAGUGUGGAGCCGUCUGUGUAUUUAAAGUAGUUUAUAGGUUUUAAUUUAAUUUUAGCGAUAGCUUAAAAGACAUGUUACUUUUUAAAAUAUUUUAAACGGACCGAGAAAGAAUAAAAUAUUUUAAGGAGACUGUUCAGCUCUCUAAAAACGUUUGAAUAUUAUCUUUAAUAAGAUAAAAUACAUUUUAUUUACGAAUAAUUUAUUUUUUAUAUGUAUGCGUUUUUGUAUAUCUGUUGUUUUAAAAAUAAAUAUAUAUUU